AUGCGAGGACGCCUUGCUAAGCUGGAGCUAAGCGAUGGAAAUAACAUGUACGCAAAACUGGUGGUAGGCGCGGAUGGAUCUAAGUCACGGGUGAGGGAGUUGUCAGGGAUUAAAACAACUGGAUGGAACUACUCACAGAACGCUAUUAUUUGUACAGUUGAGCACACUUUCGAAAACUUCACAGCGUGGCAAAGGUUUUUACCAAAUGGCCCCAUCCCGCUUCUUCCCAUUGGUGACAAGUUUAGCAACAUAGUAUGGACUAUGGAUCCAACCGAGGCCUCAGAUCGAAAAUUUAUGAGCGAGGAUGACUUCAUCAAAGCUGUAAACGACGGUCUGGAUUAUGGAUACGGUCCACAUCCGGAGAUAACGAGUUCACGAGGGAGUCUCUCUUUGGCUUACAGGAGAUGUGAACAUAUCUGCCAAGGAGAGGUUUGA